ACAUUUCUUAUUGGUCUAAUCUGUUACCCCGCCAGUAUUAUCUAAAAUCAGCGCCAUAAUUAAACGACACUUAACUCUAGCUUACUGUAGUUUUUUUGUUUUUUUAUUUUCUCAAACAAGUUUUAAUAAAUAAGGAUGAAGUCAGCUUUUUAAGAAAGUGUUUUCUACGUCCAUUAGUCAUCUAACGGAGUGGACCUUUGAUCGUUUCGUGGAGCUAACUCGGAGCCGAUGCGGUCGGAGCGGGAGGUUAGCAGCCAGCUUUAGCUACGGGGACCCCGGUGUUUCCGCCCUUCACCUGCAGCUCACAGCUUCACUUCGCCGGGCUCAGCAACUAUGAGCUACCCGGUGAACCUCCAGGCCCUGCCCGGUGAAGUCCUUCAGGACGUUUUUACUCCAGAAAACAUGAGAGGAAGAAGGUCCGCAAGCUCCCUCACUCAGCUGACUUUCCCUAAAUCCCGCUCGGCUCUGUGGGAUGGCAGCCCCGCAGGAGAGAAGCUCUGCCUCCAGCUCUGCUCCCACAGGAAACCUCAGAUUGUUCUCCUGGAGAAAGCUCUUCGCCUGGCGCAGCGUCACGCCCGUCAUUGUAACAAGUCCCGCCUCCAGUGUUUCUUCCUGGGAUCGCUCUCUGUUAAUGAAGAUGAGGAGGGGAUCACUGUGACCCUGGACCGCUUCGAUCCAGGUCGGGAUCAAGCCGGGACCACAGACCGGGUCCCGUCCGCUCUUCUUCCUGGAGACGUGCAGGUUCCCUGUUUGUUCUCUCCUCAGUCUGAGACGACGCCUGAUUCUGUGGUCCAAUCAGAGGCUGAGCUCCAUCAUUGCUUCAAGGCGUUGCAGCAGUUUGUGAGCAGCAGACAGACUCUGGAUCUGUCUCAGCUGCUGAAGAUCAGAGCUCAGGUGGUCUGCUCCCAGAGGUCAGACGCCGCAGCGUUCAGCCUCAGCUGGUCAGCCGUCUGUCCCUCUGUUGGGGUGGACGUUCAGCCGGUCCGACCCGUCCCCAUCAUCCCCACCGCCCUGCUGAGGUCACUGACCAGCAUCGGGCGACCGGCGCAGCACGCUGGUCGACAGAGGGGGUUUCUGACAAUGGAUCAGACCAGGAAACUGGUUCUUCUGCUGGAGUCGGAUCCUAAAGCCUCCAGCCUGCCUCUUGUUGGGCUUUGGCUGAGUGGAGUCACGCACAUCUACAACCCUCAGGUGUGGGCCAGGAGUCUGAGGUUCAUGUUUGGCGCCGCCCUGCAGGACAGGGUUCUGUCUGAGAUUGGCUGUUUCCUCCUUGUCCUGUUCGGUUCCACUCACAGAGCACCUCAGUUCUUCCAGUGUCGAGAGUCUCGACCAGGAUCAGGACCUCAGCUGGACUUCCAGCUGCUGACUGCCUCCCAGUCUGUCACACUUUACCAGCAGGUUGCGCCGGUGGACGGUCGGGCUCUGCGGUGCGAGUUGGAUUCAGAUGAUCGCAGCCGACAGGUGGAAGUCUUCAGAGCAGCUCAGAGCUCCUUCAACAGGACGUCGCCUCCAGCUGCAGGUCCGUCCGUUAGCGACCAGGACUCUGGAGUCGAGGAUGACGACUUUUCUCCUCGACCGUCUCCGAGCCCGCAUCCUCCAGCUCCACAGGCUCGCAGAGUUCAGCCGUCUGUUCCUGAACUCUCACUGCUGAUUGACAGCAGCUUUUCCUCCAAUCACAGCGGGGGCCAGGACUCUGGCUCCGCCCACAGGCUUCCUCCAGCCAACAGGAAGUCAGCUUCUCCCACUAGCUUCAGUUCGACCUCCUCAUCGGCCCCCAAACCUGCCCUUGUUGCUUCUCACCUCCACAGCACCCCACACUCCAACCUCCAGCAGCCCUGCUCCUGCUGCUCCACCCACACUUACAACUGCACCUCCAUUUUCCCCUCCCCAGCACUCCUACCUGCUGCUGCUUCUCACUUCCAUCAACAAACUCAAUUCAGCCUCCAAUCUGCACCUCCCUCUUCCUCAAGCUGCAGCUCUGCACCUCCUCCUUCAUAUUCCCAUCAGAAAACUUCACCGCCUCUCGCCUCCUUUCGUUGCUACGCUCCCAAACGCCCAUCCACUCCUCCUCCCUCCUCUCAACAGCAGACUCCUACUCCUUUUAGCCCUCAUUCUGCUCCUCUUCCUUUCACCAAACGACCAUCAACUCCUCCUAUACCUCCUGCCUCCUGUCAUCAGCGAACUCCUUCUAACCGUCAUUCUGCUCCUUUUUCUCCUCCUUCCAGCCGCAGUUCUGCUCCUUUUCCAUCCUCUCAAAAACAAACGCUUCCCCUUUCCACCCAUCACCCUGCUCCUCCUCCUUUCUGCUCCAAUAAGCAGACUCUUCCUCCUUCCAGCCUUCAGUCUAUCUGUCCUUCUUCACUCCAGCGAACUCCAGCUCCUUCCAGCUCCCAUCAGCACACUCCAACUCCCUGUAGCCCUCAGCCUUCUCCUCCUCUCUCAUCAUUUCUUCAGAGUGCAUUUCCUCCUUCCAGCAGCCAUCCAUCCUCUCCUCCUCCUCUUCCUCCUUGUUCCUCUCAUCAACCUGUUCUUCAGCCUCUUUCAUCAGAUCUCCAUAACUACCCUCCUUUUACUCCUGUUUCUACAAAUCCCAACACACCUGCUCCCCUCCACCCUCCUCCUCAUCCCUGCAGCCAUGCUCCUCCUGCUCCCUCGUGGUACGGAGACUCCCCGUCUCCUCACCCGUCCCAUUCACCAGGAGACGCCGUCUCUCCUUGGCUCCUGCGUCCUCCAUGUGGGAAUCACUGCUGUGAGAAAGUGGGAGGAGUCCUAACAUCUGACACCUACCAGCUCCUGCUGCAUCAGGACCACCAGCUGCGCCUCCUGCAGGCCCAGGUCCAGAUGCUGCUGGAGGCCCAGGGAAAGCUCCAGUCCUCCAGCCAGCCGGUCGAAACUCAGACGUCCAAGACCACAGCCAGCAUCGCCGUGGAAACCGGUGCCAGUCUGUUCUGGGGACAAAAUCCUGACCAGCCCAUUCUUCAUGAGGAGAAGGAACCUUCACCAUCCUCCCUGAAACCCAAGCCCUCCCCCAGAUCCCCCCCUUCGUCUUCCUCCAGCACCUCCACCUCAACACAUGACCUGUUGGAGCACAAACCUGAGGAAGGAGACCUCACACCUCAGGCAGCAUUCUGCUCCUCAUCUGACCCACACAGUAUCAGUGGUCUGCAGAGUCCGGUUCUGGGAGAAAGUGCCAGCAUGUACGAACCUCCAGAAGGAAAGCAGAGCUUCUACCAGAACCUGAUGACUCAACUCAACAGCCGUUUGCAGGAGUCGGGCAGCAAACAGGAAGCCGAGGAGGAUUGCAGAAGGAAGAGUCUGUCUGUGUCGGACCACUCCCAGUUAUCCCAGUCUUCCCAGCAAUCCUCUUCCUCAUCCAAGAGGAAGCAGGAUCAGAAGAAAAAGGAAAAGGGCAGUCCGGAAGCAGACACUGUGAUCCGAGCCACUCUGCGGCGGCUGCAGCAGCUCGGAGUCACUGUGGAUGCAGAAAAUCUGACAGAAUCGGACAAAGAUCGGAUCAAAGCUGUGGAGACGGCCAGCACCUUGGCAAGCAUCAACCCGGCGGCGGUCGUCUCCAGACUGAGCGUCUCCGAGCCGACGGUCAGCGCUCUGUUUCCCGGAGGCAGCGUGGAUCUGAGUCUGGAGGCCAAUGCCAUCGCCCUGCGUUACCUCAGCCAAUCACAGCUCAGCCGGCUGUCUCUGGGAGGCCACGCCCCACAAAGCAUCCCUGUCCCCUCCUCCUCCAGCGAGUCCCUUCUGUCGCCUAGCAACAUGUCUUUAGCCACUAGGAAGUACAUGAGGAGGUAUGGCCUGAUCGAGGAAGAUGGUGAGGAUGAGGAAGAGCAGGAGGAGGUCAGAGGUCAGGAGGUUCUUCAGCCGCUGACCGAAGCUUUGAACACCAAGCUCCUCCCACAGAGUCAGCUGAUCCGGGAACUGCGGCCAAAAAUGCAGCUUUUAGCCAGAAACGGCAAACCGGACUCUGAGGACAAGGAGAACUGUUCUGACAGGAGGCCUCCGAUAGUCCGAACGAUCAGCCGACAGCCGGAGGGAUCGGUGGGAAAUAUCCUGGACCUGAGCCGCCUGAGGCAGCUGCCCAAACUCUUCUAGUGGCCCAAAGAACCAAAACACCAACAGAACCUCAGCCGAGUCAAGGGACCAGAACAAAACACUUUGAUACACAUGAACUUUUGAGGUUUUUAACGUCGAGGUUCUGGUUUCAAUGGACCAGAACCAAGUUUUAUUGGUAAUGUUUGUGUUUUUUAUUUGAUUGUCUUCCCUGGUUUUCAUGUGAAACAUCUUCUGCACUUUUUUAAUAUUUAUGUUUUCACAAUAAAAAUUAUUUGAAAUUUUUGAGAAA